CAAGAUGGCGGCCGGCGGCGCCGGGGCGGGAGGUGGAGGUGGGGGCGCGCCCCGCGGGGCCUGAGGGCGGCUGGAGCCUCGAGGUAGCGGCGGCGGCGCGGGGGGCACCGCUGCGGGGUGUCCCCUCGCCGGGAGCGGCGGGCUCGGCCCGCUGCCGGGUGGCCAAGGGCUCCAGUGCUCCGAGCCGGGCUCCUUCUCCUCCUCUUCCUCUUCUUCCUCCUCUUCUUCCCCGAUUAGUUCCUUCUGAAAUCAAACACUUGGACAGAAAAAUGACAUCGAUUAUCAAGCUGACCACGCUUUCAGGGGUGCAGGAGGAAUCUGCCCUGUGCUAUCUAUUGCAAGUAGAUGAAUUCCGUUUUCUUUUGGACUGUGGCUGGGAUGAAAACUUUUCUAUGGACAUUAUUGACUCCCUAAGGAAACAUGUACACCAGGUUGAUGCUGUUCUCCUUUCUCAUCCUGACCCUCUACACCUUGGUGCUCUCCCAUAUGCAGUUGGAAAAAUGGGGUUGAAUUGUGCCAUUUAUGCAACUAUUCCUGUAUAUAAAAUGGGACAGAUGUUUAUGUAUGACCUCUAUCAGUCCCGCCAUAAUACUGAAGAUUUCACACUCUUUACGUUGGAUGAUGUAGAUGCAGCCUUUGAUAAGAUACAACAGCUCAAGUUUUCUCAGAUUGUGAACUUGAAAGGCAAAGGACAUGGUCUGUCAAUCACACCAUUGCCAGCUGGUCACAUGAUAGGAGGCACAAUUUGGAAGAUUGUCAAAGAUGGAGAGGAAGAAAUUGUUUAUGCAGUUGAUUUUAACCACAAGAGGGAGAUCCAUCUGAAUGGAUGUUCUUUGGAAAUGUUGAGCAGGCCUUCAUUGCUUAUUACAGAUUCAUUUAAUGCUACUUAUGUACAACCCAGGAGGAAGCAACGGGAUGAGCAGCUACUGACUAAUGUUUUGGAGACGUUACGAGGUGAUGGAAAUGUAUUAAUAGCUGUGGAUACAGCAGGCAGAGUUCUGGAACUUGCUCAACUUCUUGAUCAGAUCUGGAGAACAAAAGAUGCAGGAUUAGGAGUCUACUCUCUAGCACUUCUGAAUAAUGUCAGCUACAAUGUAGUGGAGUUCUCUAAAUCACAGGUUGAAUGGAUGAGCGAUAAGUUGAUGAGGUGCUUUGAAGACAAGCGAAACAAUCCUUUCCAAUUCCGCCAUCUCUCCUUAUGUCAUAGUCUUUCUGAUCUGGCUCGAGUGCCUAGUCCAAAAGUUGUUCUUGCCAGUCAACCUGAUUUAGAGUGUGGGUUUUCAAGAGAUCUUUUCAUUCAGUGGUGCCAGGAUUCCAAAAACUCUAUAAUUUUAACUUACCGCACUACACCUGGAACAUUAGCACGAUUCCUGAUUGAUAAUCCUUCUGAGAAAGUCAUAGAUAUUGAGUUGAGAAGACGUGUCAAGUUGGAAGGAAAAGAACUUGAAGAAUACCUAGAAAAGGAGAAACUAAAGAAAGAAGCGGCUAAAAAGUUAGAACAGUCUAAAGAGGCAGAUAUCGAUUCCAGUGAUGAGAGUGAUGCCGAAGAAGAUAUUGAUCAGCCAACUGUACAUAAGACCAAACAUGAUUUGAUGAUGAAGGGUGAAGGUAGCCGGAAAGGAAGCUUCUUCAAACAAGCAAAGAAAUCUUAUCCAAUGUUUCCAGCCCCUGAAGAAAGAAUUAAAUGGGAUGAAUAUGGCGAGAUUAUCAAACCUGAAGAUUUUCUGGUUCCAGAACUUCAGGCAACGGAAGAAGAAAAAAGCAAAUUAGAGUCUGGUUUGACAAAUGGAGAGGAGCCUAUGGACCAGGAUUUAUCAGAUGUUCCCACCAAAUGUAUUUCAGCAACAGAAUCCAUGGAAAUUAAAGCUAGGGUUACAUACAUUGACUAUGAAGGACGCUCAGAUGGAGACUCAAUUAAAAAAAUUAUUAACCAAAUGAAACCAAGACAAUUGAUCAUUGUCCAUGGACCACCUGAAGCCAGCCAGGACCUUGCAGAAUGUUGCAGAGCUUUCGGUGGAAAAGACAUUAAAGUUUACAUGCCAAAACUACAUGAAACUGUAGAUGCAACCAGUGAAACUCAUAUUUAUCAGGUCAGGUUAAAAGAUUCUCUUGUCAGCUCCCUUCAGUUCUGUAAAGCCAAGGAUGCUGAGUUGGCUUGGAUAGAUGGUGUCCUGGACAUGCGAGUUUCAAAAGUGGAUACUGGAGUUAUUUUGGAAGAGGGAGAGCUGAGGGAAGAUGAAGACUUAGAGAUGCAAGUGGAUAUGCCUUCUUCGGACUCUAGUGUCAUUGCACAACAAAAGGCCAUGAAAAGCCUCUUUGGUGACGAUGAUAAGGAGAUGUGUGAGGAGAGUGAGAUCAUUCCUACUUUGGAACCUCUGCCACCUCAUGAGGUUCUUGGACACCAGUCUGUGUUUAUGAAUGAGCCAAGACUAUCUGACUUCAAGCAAGUUCUCUUGCGAGAAGGUAUACAAGCUGAAUUUGUAGGAGGAGUGCUUGUCUGCAACAAUCUGGUGGCUGUUCGCAGGACUGAAACAGGGCGCAUUGGAUUGGAAGGCUGUCUCUGUCAAGACUUCUAUAGAAUAAGAGACCUUUUAUACAAGCAAUAUGCUAUUGUCUAAAGGAGGUUCUGCAAAGGUGUUUUUACUUGAACUUGUAAAGAUGAUGAGGAAUUCUCUGUUUUGACUUUUUGUAGUUUUCUAAUUUAUACAAGGGAGAAGUAAUUCAUAAAGAACAGUUAACUAUCCUGAACAUGUAAAUAACUGCUACUGUCACUCUUCAUAAACUUGUUGGUACAUUCCAUGUUCCUGACUCUCAAACUGUUAUGACUUGCCAUCUCCUACGUAACACAUUAUAAAUGAAUUUAUGGCUAUGAACUGUUUCUCAGGAAAGGUUCACAUUGACAGGACGUGUUAUGGUUUGAUAGAUUCCCUGCCAAAGAGUACAAAGUCAUUCUUCUAUUCUAAAAUAAGAUUAAAUAUGGAAGUGGUUUUUGUCCUUUUUGGAAGAGGCUUGAGUCCUUUUUUUUUUAUUUGUUUUAAAUGGAGUUUAGUUACGUUUUUAAUAGCCCACUUAAAGUUGACUACCUAAAUGUUCCCCCAGUGUUCAUCUGGCCGUAUCUUAAUGUUGUUGCUGUCUGCUCUUACUUGUUUGUUCCAGUACAGCAUUUCAUAUUCUAUAUGAAGUAUUAAUCUGCAGGAUCAAAAAAUUGCUUUGAACAGGUACAUUAAGAAGACUGGAGAAAAUUGUGAGGCAGCUUAAAAUCUAGUGAUUGUGUGCUUCAGAGUAACUUCUGUACAAACUUAUUGAAUUUGUAAUUUCUCGCUUUGCAGAGUUAUGCCAAGUAUAAAAUCUUUUGAGUUCUGAUUUUAAUACUUUCAAAGACUAAAGUCUUUAUCUAUGCAUCGCUGUUUGUUCAGAGUGCCGUGAACCAAGUUCAAGAAGAUCCUUUAUCUGGAGAUCUGAGUUCAUGGGAUGUAUUUAAUGCUUUUGUGCCACGUUUCAUACUAUUGCACGUUUUGACAACGGGAUUUAUUGUAGCUGUUGAUGCUGGAAAUUGUCCUUACUUUUUAGGUGAAGAUGAGUACAAUUUUUGUGGCUUAAUUUCUCAGAAAUUAAUUUAUGCAUACAAAUGGCCUCUUGAGAGUUCCUUUAAUUCCAUUUUCUCCCAUCUGUGAACCACCAGUUUUGGCAGUGGAGGGUUGCCUACUUGUUUUUACAUAAAACGGCAGUCAUAUGUGCUCUCUGUGUAUAUGUUUAAAUAAAAUCUUUUGACAAAGUGGCAAAAAAAAAAAUA